AUGGACGGCCCUAUCUACUUCAUUGAAGAUAGCCCUGGCCUGUUCAUCGACUCGUCGGCCGAUAGUCUGCGUCCCAUCACCUUCGGUGACGUCAUCCUGGGUCCUCCAAUCAUCGGCAAGUCCGGCAUGUUUUUGGCCUGCUUUGCCGAUCCUGUCCCUGGCCCGACCGGAUUUCUUUGCCCCGAUACCAAUGACACCGACAACCCUUCUUGGACUACGUUUCAGCACGUGGAUAACUCGGCUAGUAAGGGCAUGGACGGCCCUAUCUACUUCACUGAAGAUAGCCCUCGCCUGUUCAUCGACUCGUCGGCCGAUAGUCUGCGUCCCAUCACCUUCGGUGACGUCAUCCUGGGUCCUCCAAUCAUCGGCAAGUCCGGCAUGACUAAAGAAUGCCCGGUGACUGAUAUUCGUUUGCGAAGCUCUUCCACUACCGAUGAAACGAGUACCACAGAUGCCAAGGAUGUUGACUUGUCUUCUGUGGCUCAAAUGCUUGCCGAAUUAAUUAAGGGCCAGCAACGUAUAUCACAAGAAAUAGCAGAUAUCAAGGACUUUCAUCAGGCUGUUAAAUCAAGGUUUGAUGCCUUAGAGACACGUGUCGCCGCAUUAGAAUCACUUCCAGCCACACUUCCUUCGAUCGGAAACAAUGGUAAAGUGAAUAAUGAAAUUCAGCAGCUACAAAUAAAAAUCGACCAACUUGCUUUGCGUAAUGAUGAUCUAGAAAACCGAUCUCGCCGUAAUAACUUGUUGCUGCAUGGCUUGACUGAGUCACCUGAUGAAACUCACGAUCUUCUGCUAUCUAACAUUUCCACGUGGUUCGAAGAACAACUUGAAAUCAAAUGCCCGAGUAUUGAGAGGUGCCACAGAAUUGGUCGUAGGCAUGCUGACCGCCCACGCCCCAUUAUCAUGAUAUUGCUCGACUAUCGCGAGAAAACAAACGUCCUUAAAAAUGGUCACAAACUUAAAGGUUCCGACUUUCGUAUUUCUGAAGAUUUUUCAAAGCGCAUACGAUCAAUCAGAAAAAAGAUAUGGGAAGCAUCUAAGCCCUUUCGUGAUAAUGGCUCCAUUGUUCACUUAAGCUUUGAUCAUGCAUUUAUCAAUAAAGUUAGGUACAACUGGCACGAUGAUACUAACACCCUCACUAAGGUUCCUCCCCGCCCAACAAAAGUCACCACUGUUAAUCCCUGA